AUGAACCCUCUACUUCUCCUCCUCUUACCUCUCCCCAUUUCUUACCGCUGAGUCAUCUCCCUCCCCCGCGUCCCAGCACAUCCACCCCCCCCCCCUCCCUCCGCACCCCUCCUGUUUUCCUCUCCCUCCCUCCCUCCCUCCCUCUCUCUCUUGCUCUGCCUCUCCAGUAUUUUCUCGGUUGCCGUGAAGAAGGGCAGAACACACACACACAGGCGGCAGGAUGUCGAUCGUCAGCAUCGUUGCCAGGGAGAUCUUGGACUCCCGGGGAAACCCCACUGUUGAAGUGGACCUUCGCACAGAGAAAGGUCUGUUCAGGGCUGCGGUGCCCAGCGGAGCGUCCACGGGAAUCUACGAGGCUCUGGAGCUCCGAGAUGGAGACAAAAGCCGAUACAAGGGCAAAGGUGUUUUAAAGGCAGUCGGGCACAUCAACGAUACUCUGGGUCCUGCGCUUAUAGCCUCUGGCAUCAGCGUGGCGGAGCAGGAGCAGUUGGACAACAUGAUGAUCGAAAUGGACGGCACAGAAAACAAAUCUCAGUUUGGGGCCAACGCCAUCCUGGGCGUGUCUCUAGCCAUCUGUAAGGCCGGGGCGGCGGAGAAAGACGUCCCCCUGUACCGCCACAUUGCCGACCUGGCAGGAAACACAGAGCUGGUGCUGCCGGUUCCUGCCUUUAAUGUGAUAAAUGGAGGUUCCCAUGCAGGUAACAAACUGGCCAUGCAGGAGUUCAUGGUUCUUCCCGUUGGAGCCGAGUCUUUCAAGGAGGCGUUGAGGAUAGGAUCGGAGCUGUACCACACCCUGAAGGGGGUGAUCCAGGAGAAAUACGGCCAGGAUGCCACCAAUGUGGGGGACGAGGGAGGAUUUGCCCCCAACAUCCUGGAGAACAGUGAGGCUCUGGAUCUGCUGCAGACGGCCAUAGAGAAGGCCGGCUUCACGGACAAGGUGGUGGUCGGGAUGGACGUGGCCGCCUCAGAGUUUUACCGCGAGGGGAAAUACGACCUGGACUUCAAAUCCCCGCCCGAUCCAGAGAGACACAUCUCCGGAGAGGAGCUGGCUGACAUCUACCAGAGCUUCGUCAACAACUACCCAGUGGUGUCCAUCGAAGACCCGUUCGACCAGGAUGACUGGGAAGCCUGGUCCCGUCUGACGGCCCAGGUGGGGAUCCAGGUGGUGGGGGACGACCUGACAGUGACCAACCCUAAGAGGAUAGAGAAAGCUGCGGAGGAGCGAGCCUGCAACUGCCUGCUGCUCAAAGUCAACCAGAUCGGCUCCGUCACUGAGGCCAUACAGGCGUGUAAACUGGCUCAGGCGAAUGGUUGGGGCGUGAUGGUCAGCCAUCGCUCAGGAGAGACAGAGGACACCUUCAUCGCUGACCUGGUGGUGGGACUCUGCACUGGACAGAUUAAGACCGGCGCUCCCUGCAGAUCUGAGAGGCUGGCCAAGUACAACCAGCUCAUGAGGAUUGAGGAGGAGUUGGGCGACCAGGCGCGCUUUGCAGGCCAUAACUUCAGGAACCCCAGUGCCCUGUGAACCUGACACACACAAACACACGCACACACGCGCACACACGCACACACACGCACACACACACACACACACACACACACACACACACACACACAACAAACAUGAAACGAGCCAUGCAAAAUCAAAGAUCACAUGAGAGAUUCAGGAGCAAAAGAGCCAAGCAAAAAAUUAAAACAAUAAUAAUAAAUUAUGCACUGGACUUAUAGAGACGAUGCUGUAUGCACACGCACACACACACACACACACACACACACACACUCUGAGUACACAGAUGCAACACACGCUCACGCAAAUGCAGGGGAAUAUCAUAAAAACAUCAAAUUUAUAAGCCAGACAUGCACUGUUACUGUAGUUUUAAAGGAAUAGUUCAUGUGCAGCCAGAGGACCGGCCUGCAGAGAUAAACAUCACUGUUGUAAAACAGAAACAUAAAGAGAGAUACAUAAGUAGAGACAUAAUAGAAUAAUAGACUGUAGAGUGACGCACGCAUGUCUGAAAACCUUCAGCACCAAAAGAGAAAGAUACACUCGCAGAAACAGCGGUUUCAGGGACUGAGUGAA